AUGCAAGCCGUCGAGCAAAGCACUGGAGCGCAGGCUUUGCAACGCUCUGCUCGCUCGGGUCACUUUGAGAUCUCUACGCUGCCGUCGAUAUCUUGCCGGCUCAACGUCGGACCGUGCUCUUCUGGCGGCCACGAAGACACGCUCGGACGCGGCUUGGUCGAACUUUCGCACCGUAGCAACCUCGAUGGGCGACGAGUGAGCGACGCAAGCUUGCACGGUUCGGUCCCACUUCCCACCCCGGCGCAUCCCGCUGGCUGUCUUGUCCUCGAUCUCAGCGACCCAAAAACCAUGCUUUCCGCAAGCCCCGAUCACACUUCCGCCGCCUCACCACCUGGAGCGCCCUCGUCACAGUCGUCCUCCGUAGGCUCCUGCUACACCUCUUCGUCCUCGCAAGCUUCCGUUCGAGCACGCCACACGCUCUCCGACCCCUCUUCCAGCUCCACCAGCCCAGCCAGCGCCUUUGAUCGAUCCUCGGACUACCACACCGCUCCUGCACCUGCCAAGCGUCCUUCCAACGGCGCCGCGAGUGCGGCACACACCAAUCACUCCUUUAGCGCCCUUGCCGCACAACAGACCGGUUUGGCGCCCUCCGCAGCUUCCGCAACUAUGAACCCGCACUCGACUGCCUACGAGGCCAUGGAUCCUCGAGCAUAUCUGCGCGCCGGUCCCUCGAGCAGAGCGCAUCCGGACGCUGCGACGCCAUCACCAAAUGAGCCGCGAUAUCCCCAGAGCGGCAGCCCGGAUAACAGUCGCGCACCUGCCGCAAAGACCAGACGUACCAGCCCAGGAGGAUCGCGUGCAUCUGGCAACCUCGCACCCUCUCACUACGACGGGACCGAAAGCCCGCACCCGGAAUACAGUGCCAUUGCCCACGCACCUCGAAGCUCACAGCCUGAUAUGAGCGCCAACUCAUCGGCCUUCACGUCCUCCAAUGCAUCGACACUGCAUCCGUCGUCCUCGUUUGCGCCCAUGGACUGGAGUUCGGAGGCGAGUGCACAUGCCUCUUCACACCGUGCAGCGGGUCCUGGCGAUCCUCGGUCCGUUACCAGCCACAUGCCGACGAGCAAUGCGACCAUGGCAUCCACUUCGUCCUCAGCUGCCUCUCCGCGCACAUACUCCGAUGGGCAGUCACAUCCGGCACAUCAACACGCACCCUUAUCGUCCGGCGCACAAGCUCCCGCAUCCAUAUCAUCUCGAGCCUCUGCAAGCUCGUCGGCGGACCGGGCCGAGACCAAGUCGCAUGCGCAGCCCAUGCCCAAGAUGGACCUUGCCACCUUUCCGCCGCAGGAGCUGCUCAAGAUCCUCGCAACUCUUCUGCAAGAGAUCGCAUCAGCCAACGACGAUUUCCAGCCGGACGGAAGCAAGGACGAGUCGCGCAGCCGAAGAGGCGCUCGCACGCGAGAUCGCUCGACUCCAGCGACGCCCGCAGAGGCCUCCGACUCAGCAGACACCGCGGCCGCGCGCGAUUACGCCGCUCCGCCGGGCUCGCAUCUGUCGUUCAGCGACUCGCGCCGCCCGUCGGUGACGACGGCGGCGCUGGGCGCGCUGGCGACGCCAUCAAGCACGCUGUGCUUCCACGCACGCAACGUGCCGAGCAUCAGCAUCGAGUCGUACUUGCUGCGCAUCCUCAAGUACUGUCCCACCACCAACGAGGUCUUCUUGAGUCUGCUCGUCUACUUUGACCGCAUGAGCAGGAUGGGCACGGGCGCCAAGCCAGGUGCCAACGGCGGCGGCGAGGCAGCAGGCGAGGCUGCGGGAUUGCCUCGCGCCCUGGAGCGGGCGACGGGCCAGGCCGACGCUGCGUCGCAGCCAUUCGCAACGCGCAGUUCGGACGGAGAGGCGUCGUCGUUGGACAGCAAGCCAGAGCACGCCGCGGCGCAUCCUGGCAUCCGUGGGUUUGCCAUCGACAGCUACAACGUGCACCGACUGGUGAUUGCAGGCGUGACGGUGGCAAGCAAGUUCUUCAGCGACGUCUUCUAUACCAACAGUCGCUAUGCCAAAGUGGGAGGCUUGCCGCCGCACGAGCUCAACCAACUCGAGCUGCAGUUCUUGCUGCUGAACGAUUUUCGGCUGACGAUCCCGCUCGAAGAGAUGCAGCGCUACGCGGACCAGCUGCUCAUGUACGGUAGCGGCAGAGCCGAGCUGGCCAGGUCGACCAAGCAGGCGAAUCCAGCCGGAAGCUUGGGCGCAAGCCGGCCGAGUGCGGCGGCCGGCGAACCAGUUGCCGGACGGCCAUCGACGAGCGCAGCUGAAAAUGUGGAGCACGACUCGGCUGGAGCGACAUUGCAGACGGCACCUCAGGCGAGACCAACAGACGAAGCAGGUGUCGACCCACAGGGAGACGUGCACAUGUCGGAUGUCAAGACAAGCUGA